GCUUUUGGAUGUAUGAAAAGUGUAUAUUGUUAAGAGAGGAGUGAUUCACAGUUCCCUUUAGACUUGUAGUUAGGUUUUCUUUACCCUUCUUUAUUAGACUUGUUUUCUUUAAUAAGACUUGUUUAUAAAAGCUGAUCCUGUGAAGCUCGUUCUAGAGGAUGCAAACCCGCGUGGAGGAGAGGGGACACAGGAGUCGACCUCAACCCAAGUUGAAAUCACCAUUUUCCUAAACAUUUCCUCAAAGGCGGCUUCAACCACUACCAAUUGCUUCUCUCUCAUGAUCUCAUCCACUUUCCUCUCUCUCCUCAUCACUGGUGAACUCGAUCUCCAAAUUCCCCAUUCUUAAACGUUGCUGCCAGUGUUCCUUAGAGAUUCUACAGAAUAUGUCAUCUUUAGAGUUUAGACAGCCGGAAUUUCGAAGAAGGGCAAGUUAGUCAACCAGUAUGCCUUGUCGCCAAUGUCACUAGUGGUAUGGAUUUGAGUAACGGAAAUAGUGUUUCUAGGAAUGAGACAAAGGUUUCCGACGUCUUACCCUCUUCGGACCCUGCUCUACCUGGAACCUCGUACUACCUGUUGCUCAUUUCAAAGAGUCAGAAUCGAAUCGAUUGUGGUGUGAUUCAGUCAGAGGGAUCUUGUCGUCGCUUUACACUGGAUGAGGUACUAUUAGCUACUGACAAUUUUCAUGAUGCAUUGGUUAUCGGGAAAGGGGGAUUCGGUAAGGUAUAUAAAGGGUUCAUCGAUGAUGGUGCCACAACCACCGUUGUUGCCAUAAAGCGGUUGAAUGCCCAAUCCAACCAAGGAGCUGAAGAAUUUUGGACAGAGGUAAAGUUGCUUUCAAAUUUCCAUCAUAUUAAUCUCGUUUCCCUCAUUGGCUAUUGCAACGAGAAUCAGGAGAUGAUUCUUGUUUACGAUUAUAUAGCUCGUGGGACUCUCGCUAGUCAUCUUUACAAAUCAAGUAGAAAAGAAAGCGGUAAAAGUAUAUCUCAUCUAAACUGGACUCAAAGGCUCAACAUUUGCCUUGGUGUUGCACGAGCACUCGACUAUCUUCACACAGGUACUGAACAACAUAUCAUACACCGAGAUGUGAAGAGCACAAACAUUUUGUUGGACAAGAAUUGGGUAGCAAAAGUUUCUGAUUUCGGGAUAUGCAAACUCAUUACAAGCCAAACAACCACCCAUGUUAGCACAAAAGUCAAAGCAACAAGAGGAUAUUGGGAUCCAAAUUAUAUCUACACCAAUCGAGUAACCAGGAAAUCUGAUGUGUAUGCUUUUGGCGUGGUGCUGUUGGAAGUCUUGUGUGGCCGGCCACCGUUAGAUGAUAGACUUGAGGAGGAGCAAAUUAGUCUAAUUCUUUGGGCGAAAAUGUACAUCGAAAAGGGAAAGCUUGACCCAAUCAUCGAUCCCUCUAUUAAAGGAGAAACAACACCACAUAGUCUUAAGUACUUUGCCAAACUUGCGAACAAUUGUUUACAUGCUAAACCAAAGAAACGGCCUACAAUGUCUGAAGUAGUGGAGAUCCUUGAGAUUGCAUUGGCAUCGCAUGAGCACAAGGGAAGAUCUCAGGAAACUAUUGCAAAGACGUUUCAGGGUAUGAAUCGUUGGUGGAGAGCAAGAAAGGGAAACGGUUCAAAUGACGUUGGAGAACCAAUAUUAGAUGACCUUACCCAAUCGUUAUACCAGCAUUUCUCGCUUGCUGGGAUUCGCGCUGCCACAAAUGAUUUCAAUAAUGAUCUUUUGAUCAGCGAAGACAGUUCGUUUAGAUUGUACAAGGGAUGUAUGGUGGGGGGAACUCGUGCGGUUAUUAUCAAGCGGUACAAGUCGGGAGCGGUAAACUUGGCCGUACAAGUUAGUUCCGAGAUUGGGGUACAAUCUCUUCCUCGUCACCCUAACAUAGACUCUUUGAUAGGAAUUUGUGAGGAGAAGGAUGAGUUGAUCCUUGUGUACGAUUACAUGGUAAACGGGACAUUGAAAAGUCAUCUCCAUAGAAGCUAUAAAGAUUCAUUUCUUUGGAAAAAGCGGCUUGAGAUUUGCAUCAACAUUGCACGAGGUCUCGAAUCCUCCAUAGGAAUGUAG